CUCUUCUAUUCUCCAUUCUACUCCACAAUCUAUCAUAAUGACACAAGUAGAACUGAUCCGUCAUCAUGUCAUAUUAUCCAAGCCUGAGAUACUGGACGAUAUCAUAAACAAGAUCUACGCCGGGGGUGGAAAUGUCGUUGAAGUGGAUCAAGGUCCGCCUCUAUUGAUUGUUGCCAAUCUGCACUUUGAUCUGGCGGAGCACUUGUCUUAUAUCCCAGGUGUGGAAUCGGUGGAAGCGGUUGAGUAGAGCGGAUAUGCUGUUAGGAAUGGAAUAUCUAAUAAUAAAUGGA